UCACGUGACCCGAGCGUCCGCCAUCAGCGCCGAGUGAGGAGCAGUAGCGGUAGCAAGAGGCGUCAGGCAAGAGACAAGCGGGGCAGCACCGUGUCAGCAGCGAUGUCUGAGUCGUACGACUUCCUCUUCAAGUUCCUGGUCAUUGGCAGUGCUGGCACGGGAAAGUCCUGCCUCCUGCACCAGUUCAUAGAGAACAAGUUCAAGCAGGACUCGAAUCACACCAUCGGAGUGGAGUUCGGCUCGAAGGUUGUCAACACUGGCGGUAAAACUGUGAAGCUUCAGAUCUGGGACACGGCGGGCCAAGAGCGCUUUCGCUCUGUCACCAGAAGCUACUACCGGGGAGCAGCCGGUGCCCUCUUGGUGUAUGAUAUCACCAGCCGGGAGACGUACAACGCCCUGACCAACUGGCUGGCGGACGCACGCACGCUGGCCAGCCCCAACAUCGCCAUCAUCCUGUGCGGCAACAAAAAGGACCUGGAACCGGACCGAGAGGUCACCUUCCUUGAGGCGUCGCGCUUCGCCCAGGAGAACGAGCUGAUGUUUCUGGAGACGAGUGCGUUGACGGGCGAGAACGUGGAGGAGGCGUUCCUCAAGUGUGCGAGGACCAUCCUCAACAAGAUCGAGUCUGGGGAGUUGGACCCUGAGCGUAUGGGAUCGGGAAUCCAGUACGGAGAUUCGACGCUUCGACAGUUGCGGCAGCCACGGGGAGUGCAAGCCCCAGCCAAGCCUGACUGCGCUUGCUAGCUUUUGAAUUCCGUGCUCGGCUACGGAGACUUGCAGGAAACGGCGAGGACCAGGAGUCGCUCCAUUCCAGCGACCCCCCCCCCCCCUCUCCGUGCAGCGUAUGCAUCAACCCUCUGGCCAAACCUUGACUCCUGACCUUUUGACUUUGACGUUGGAACUCAUUACUUCCAAUCUCUAACCCUACGCCUCCCAUUUUCCCACUCCUUUCAUCUCACGGAAAAACCCUGCUCCCUCAGUAAUCCCCCCAUGUGAUCACGAGGGCUCAUCCAUCAAAACCUGAUGCCACUGUCACUUUUGGUGCGGCUGAAAAUGAUCAGGCUGUCGAUCCGAUGAUUGAGUUGGCUGCACCUUAGUUAUUCAUAUUCUUACUUUUUAUUGUUAUUUUAUGGCUGUGGUUGUGCCUCGGCUAAAACGAAAGGUUAUUUGUUUUCUCGCCAAAUCGAAUCGGAGAGCGUGCCCACAAUGCAAUUGUUGGGAGCAGCGCCAUGUUGGGAAUAUGAACGCACUGACGGGGAAGUGGCGCUGCCCUUCACCUUUGCCGUCCACUUUUUUUGGCGAAAAGGAGCCGAGUUGGCAGAAACGCGUGUCCUGUCUCUUCCACGCCUGUGGAAGUCUUCCGCCACCCGUGGGUUUGAUGUCAACGCAGCGCAAGAAAGCCAGUGGUGACUGCUCAAAGGGGCAACACCGCACCCACCGCAUGUGACUUUCUAAGUAUCUGUGGCUAGGCGCCUGUUGUUGAAAGCAUCGCCAAAAAACAAAAUUUAGCUGGGUUCUGUUCAGAAGCCUGCAGGCCCGAAUUGGCGAACACAUUUUCUUUUGAGAGCUACUGCACAGAUCGAAAUGCAAAACCUCUCGAUGGUUUUAUUUUUAUUGCAUUUUGGAUUUGCGAUCCGCUCCGGGAUGCAUGCCGUUGCGUUGCGUGCGCUGUAUAGCAGCAGAGGAAGGCAUUGAUAGACUUGGCCGAUGAAGUCAGGGAGGUCGCGUGGCGAAGUGGUCGUCCCGAACCCUCUCCCAUGGCUGAUGGUAGCGACACGUCAGUAGCCACUUCCUCGGCCUGCCAAUACCGCCACUCUCUUCCCCAGCCGCCUACACCUUCGCAACAGAAAAGUGCUGGGUGCUGAUCGAUCCAUGUCACAUCGACUGUGCCCCAGAUUUAGAAUCUUGCACCAAAAACUCGAAGUUGCCAAUGAUGAAAUUAUACAUUAUUUCGCCUUUUUUUUCAAAUUCCGAAUUGUUUUUGUUUUUUUACAUCAAGUCCGUCUUAAAAAAAAGAAUGUUUUUAGACCGAAGGAGUGGUGACCAUUGGUGCCGUGUGAGUUUGUGAAGGCGGUGGCACAAACGCGGGGUUUUCUCCAUUCCCGUUUCUAUUCGUGUGAGUGCAAGGGGUAGCGAAGUGUAUUAUUGCCAUGUCCGCCGUCCUUAAAUUAAUUUGCUGCAGGGCUUGCAGACUUUGUGCACCUUGUCUUUAGUGUAUGUUUCAGUUGGAAUUAGGAGUGUUUCCAACUUGGCUGUGAUUUGAAGGUUAUUGGGUUUUUUUUUAUGCACGUGGUGGCUGUUGUAGCCAUCCGGCCAAGCACACACGGCCGUUAGAACAGAGGGUGUGGAGUUCAAAUCUCGUUUGCUUUUGAUCCCUCUUGGGGGGGUCCACAAUAAAUACUACUGUGUUGGAAGUCAUUUUGGGGGAUUUCCUAUGUAUUUAAUUGCCCCUGCCACAGGAAUGUGCCAUUUGCACCCUUGGCUCAGGGUUGUAAAUGGGAGUGCCACCCCCAAUGCUUAGUUGAGCAUAAUUUUGCGUCGACUUAUGUUGCCUUUCUGACCAGUUGAAAAUCCAGUGAACAGAUCCCUCGUACCCAUAAUUUUACAGUGGUAAGGCAUGAAACGAUGUGGUUUAUUUAUAGAUUUAAAUCUUUUCUUACACUCCCGAUGGAAGCGUAGAAUAGUGCAGAAUAUAUUUUUGUUUUCCCCCGGCGUCAUGGCAUGAGAUGAAGUGUCCCGUUCGCAAUCUUGCAGAGGAGUGCGUCACCCCGUGUUCGAGAAUGCUCCAUGGAAGGAGAUAUCAUGGAAAUUGUUCUGAGAUCUUUUCCCACAAUGAAUUCUCCCAUCACAUUACAGUCAAAGCAGUACAUUUUUUAAAGUCUUAGAGCUGCGAUAUUUCAAAAUUAAGUGAAAAACAACAUUUACUUAAUAGAAUCUUGCAUUCUGUCAUUAUCGAUCGCCAUGAGACAUCAAUGCGCUUCACAUUCGAACCUGGUUUAAUCACUGCUGAGGACCUGGUUUUGAAGCUAGAUUCUCAGCAUUGCCGGCUCAGUAUUCUGACCCCCCCCCCCCCCCCCCCGAGGAACUGAUUAUUUUGUCUUCAGAUAUGUACAUAACUGGUUCACAUGACCCAUGCUGUCACGAGAGGGCUUACGUGCAACACAAUUGUGAAAUAAGAAUUCUUAAAUUGAACUGCAAACCUGAAUACGUGGAUUGUUGCAAAUUAGUAAAUAUAAAAUGAUGACAUCAUCCUUGUUAACCGUCUCUCGAUGCAUAGUCCUGCGUAAGGAUACUCGCAUGGCAAUAAAACAUCACGCCAUAGUUGAAAGCGCUUCGGUGUUCGCAGUCUCGGCAUCAUCCCCGUCUUCGGCGCCUUUCUCCACGGGAACGCCCAUUCCGCUUGAGAAGUUACGACCCAAGUGGCCACGUUUUGUUGCGCAGUCAAGGUCGUCUUGUACACGCAUUGGCCUCUCUCGGUUAAUGCGUCAGCACUUUUCUCUUGGGGGUGGGGGGGGGAUAUGAGUUGGACAAAAAAGAGGAGGCUUUUAAAAAUAAUAUUUAAAGGACAGUACUUUAAUGCAACGUCCGCUUUCCCGGGUGGGCAUGAGUGCACCCGUGGCGGCGCUUAUAAGCGUAAUCGAUGUAACGCGUGUCUGUGACCCGUCCAUAUAACCGUUUUGAGUGUGUAUCAAACACACAUAUAUACUGAAUGUAUCUCCCAAGUUUCUGUGUCGAUGGGGGAAAGCCUCUGGGGGGGUGAGGGGUUGAAAAUAAAAUAAAACGGUAUCAAUGCACUCCCAUCUCAAACUGCUGCCGCGGGUCGUGUUUGCAGACGUUGCGAAUUAACCUUGAAGACCGAUGGAAUGAGCCACGCAGCACCGUGAGCAAAUAUCAGGCCGGCUUGUUUAAUGUUUUUUCUUUAUUUGCACAAAACACAGAGGUGCAGUAAUUGCACCGUGUAGUACGUGAACUGAGAACGUCUCCCAUGGGUUAUUAGCUACAAAGAGAUACACACGAAACGCAUAGAUACAUGGUCCCGUGGAAAAUCACAGAUGGAGGAAGGCAUCGAUCUUAACGUGAUUUUUUUGUCGUAUUGUAUUAAGCACGUUGCCACUUUUCUUUGGAUGAGGUGGGGAGACUGCUGUUGAUUUCUGGGUCGGGGUGAGGAGGUCGAAAAAAUGAAGGGUGGAAUUUCCCAUUUUUUUCAUCUAUUGGUUCUUCAGGCAGGUCCGCGCCCGAGCGAUCAGUCACAUGACUAAAUCACUCUGGGAAUCGCACACCUUAAUCGCCUCUUCACACGUGAACGCCUCUGGUUGCAGAGACGGCAACGUAUAAACGAUUUGAGUUGCAUGCGACCGAGUUUCUCAACUGGCUUGUAACCCGUCUUUACACUCGCCAGAAAUGCAUUGAAUCUUGCGUGCGAGACUCGAUUCAUUUCAAUUUGUAUGUGUUGUAUUUAAUUGGUUCAUGUUACCUUGGCAGCCACGAUAGAGCAUCUAUCAGCUAUAUACAUUGCUGUACCAUUGACCCAGGAAAUAGUGGUGCAGUCUGUAGCAAAUUGUAUAGUCUGCGGCAUCUACUGAUGUCUGUAAACCUUGUCCAAACUCGCCGAAUGGAACACGUUAGUUUAGCAAUGGUAGUAAUGCAUUUAUCAUUAUUGGUUUAAAGGUUCAUGAUAUGUGGCAUAUAAUCUAGUUUGUAAUUUCUUUUUUCACGAAUCAUUUUCUAGGUAAUUGGGGUCCCAUGUGGUUGCUGCAGCCAUUAACUUAACAUUGCUACAUUCGCCUUUGUUGAAAAAAAUCUUGAACUGUGAUCCUGAAUUGUGACAAUUCAUCAUAACCUCCAAGUGGACGGGGCGGUAGUGGGCGGCAUGUAGCUCACUGCGCCUCUUAUCGGUAAAUUCAUCUUUGGUACACGGUCUUUGUCACUGCGCGAGUUUGAAUUGGAAGUGCAUUAGCCAUAUUUUGUUAUUGUUGCCAUGCUGAAUGUAAUGCGUUGAAACUUUACGUGGCUAAAUGUUAUAUUUUAGUGUUCUGUGACUGGCCUCUCCAUUGCCUUUGUCUUUGCCGACAUGACCUUGCCAGAUUUUAGAUGUCCCUGUUUUUGUUACAUUUAUUGCCGUUAACAUAACUUCACACAAGUAGAUAAAAAACAUCCGUUUCAUAUUAAUCGUACAAAUAACAUGGGCACAUUAACCAAAAAGGUACAAUUUUGGAGGGUUAAAGUAAAGCGGAAGCAAUUUACAGUGAGGCCAGGCCAGUUGUUGAAUUUAUGGAGCAGUUGAGGAAAGGGGUGUGUGCAUUCAUUCACAAAUUGCUACUUAAAUCUUUCGUGACUGCAGAAAUUCAUAUUCUUUACGUCUUUCGGUAAAGUCGCGUAGAUAGGUUCAAAGAAAACAAAAAACUACGACGUUUUGAUCGCAACACAAGCGUUCGUCAUCAGUAAGAGGUUCUCGCUUCUGUUGCGAUCGAAACGUCGUAGUUUUUUGUUAUUUCCUUUGAACCUAUCUACGUGACUUUACCGAAAUACCCAAAGAAUAUAAAUUGCUACUUGUGAUCAAUAAGCUGUGCGUUAAAAUGCCAUUGUGAUAGCUGCGCUGGCGAUUACGGAUGUGUAUUGCGAUUCUUUAGCUGUCGGGAACGCAGAUAUCACCCUGAUGCCUGGUUUAUCCUGAGGAAUACAUAUAUCACAGGCAUCGGUUGUAUCAUCCAUUGAAAUGAAUAUCCACGUGUAAAUAGGUAUUCCCGUGGUCGGUUGUGUUAUUUGUAUGGGAUAAUGGUGAUCACCGUUAGUUAAGGUCUUGGCCAUUGUAGGCAACAUGAAGCUAUUGCCACCUUGACCAGCGCCUUGUGACGGAGGCAAUCCCAACGCAUUGCCAUCCGCGACACGAGGCAGGAGCAGCCAGCAGUUGUAACGGUGUCGAGGUUUGUGAAGUCUGUAGAGCGAUUGCUGAAUGUUUACGUUGAUGUUGGAACCAAAUUUGAUGAGAGAUGAGGACUUUUAACUAGGUCUCAUGAACACCCAUGUUUGUUGAUGGCCAUUUAAUAACAAAACAAGAUACAUUGUUUUUACGGCAUGAUUUAUCGGGUUACAUUUUUCGUGAAUGCGAUGAAUUUUAAUCUUUGUUGAUUGCCAUGGUGGCCAAUUUUUUAAAUGUCUUGCAGUGUAAGUGAAAUGUUUCUUAUUUGGAAUAUCCAUUAUAAAUGAUUUUAUUCGGCCUGGCUGUCGGUACACAAAUAAAUGUAAAACACGUCAAAUAUACACGUCAGCAAGCACUGGUCUCGCGCAGAUCAUCCAAAGAGUGUUCUUGUACAAAAUGGGAAGAUGCCGGAUGCGUGAUCGCAGAUAUAAGCUUCAGGGCUCUGCUGGUUAGUGAUGUAACAGGGUGCCAACAUUGUAAGGAUAUUCAUAUCCUGACCAUACAGUUUCAUUUGAAAUCGUACAUGCAUGUGUACAGUCGUUUGGUCAAUUCACUGCUGAUUGAGGGCCUUCCCCCAUGCAGUGUCGUUUGUGAGGGCUUAUUUGACCAUACUUUACCCCAAAAAUUAAUAGCUCUUGUCCUGCAGAUACUUAAGCACAUCCUUACCCUUGCUUAGAGAAUUUUGCAGCUUCAUUAGGAAACUUCUUUAUGAAAACAAAACAAUUUUGAGCCACUUGCAAGGGUGCCAUGGUCGUGGUGUACAUCACAGUUUUUGUGCUUUAUCGUCUUAAUAUUUCACUAUCGUGAUGUCACUUUUGAGUGCUGCAGUGGAAACCUUGAAAGUCAAGUUAAAGUCCCAUUAAAGUUUCAAACUUUUGUCAGACAGCUAAGAUAUACAUCUUCAACAUUUAAGUUAUUUGGGUUUUUUCUGGUUCAGUUUGUAAAAGGAUCGCUGUACCAUCUUUAUUAACCGUGGCCGCGGCAGCAGCAGGAGCAAUGCGGAUGUGAGUCAUUGUGUAAAACUUCGUAUUUCUCUUAUUAAUGUUGACAACAUGCAGCACCUGGCUUUUUGGGAGUUUUUUGUUGCAUAUGUGAUGUCAUCGGCAUUCCUCCUCCCGUCGUCGCAACAAUUGUCAAGUUUAUUCUCUUAUUGGUUAAAACCCCUGGUUCUCCCUCCCCAUCCCUGUGCACAUUCAAAAUGUAUAUUGCCUGCAAAGUGGGCCAUGCCGCAGCUUGCAUCCCUUCCUGUAAGGCUGCAGGGUGCAACCCUUGGGAUUGAGAACCCGCUGGAUUGCAGCAUUCGAAGUGUGCACUGUUGACCCUGCGAACUUCGACUCAUUCGGCUCGAGCGGUUGAGCCAGACCUGACAAAAUUAUGCUGAAGGGACGAUGCUUUAGUACAUGUUUAAUGCUGCAGGUCGUAAAAGCUUUUUUUUUCCACAUGUAUUUGUUUUUUAAUGGAAUUAUUGCCGACAGGAGAGAGAAAAAAAAAUGUCAAGGCAAAAAGUAAAGAGCGAGUGUGGCCUCAUCAUGGACACCAAUCUGUUUUAUUCUAGCAAAUACGUUUUGACGGGUUAGGGCCAGCCAUGACCCGAGCGUAUCACCUAUGAAUUUCAGAUUGUUUAGUUGAUUUACGUCGGAUUAUUUAGGUCAAAUCAAAGCCAUCUUCAUUACUUAUUGAAAACAGAAUUGUCAAAUAAUGCACGCUGAGGUCCUGAAAGAGAACUUGCCUUUUAAAAUACCAUCGCGGGCCACAACGUAUUCCAUAAAUGGUUUUUGUUUUUUUUCUACCUGCUGAGAAAUGUAUCAUACAUGUUCUCUGGGAAUUUAAUGUGGGUGGGUUUUAAUCUGUCCAUGCAGUGGAACCGAAACACUUCGCGCCUUGACGUACAUUAUUUGAUGGUGAUCUUCUGCAGAAGUUAUCACUGCUCGAUUGGGAUUCUAACUCAUUGGAGUGAACAUGAGCUUUUAAAAUGUACGAUAUGUAUUGUAAGUGACAGGCAGAUGAACCACUAGCAUAACUGCCCACAACGGCCACUCAGACCAACAGUCACUCGUAGCUUAAAGACAAAUUCCCACGUGUUUAAAGAUUUACUUGAGAUGAUGUAAUGUUGAUGUCCUGUUUAUUAUUAUUACUACUGUGUUAUGCACGCCUGUUUAUGAAUGAUACUUCACACUCUCCCUUACCUAGUGCAGAUUUGUAUAUUGGGAUUUUUUGUAGUUGCUGCAUCAGCAUUUUUUUCAUUUUUUUUGUUCACAAGUACGUAAAUGAAAUAAAGAUGCCAUUAACGAUUA